AUGGCUGGGGACGAGGUGAAGAGAAGGAAGACUCCUCGUCACAAACAUGGUGAUCCUGGACUGCCAAAAUCCCGAAAGCGAUCCGAGGAUGAUAGCACGACAUCGAAAUCGCCCGCCACCGCCGAUAGUCCCGCCGAUAUCGAUGCCCUCAGAAAGGCCAGACUCACAUAUCUAGCCAAAUCUCCCGAGGAACGCCGAAAAGAUAUGAAGUACGAGUAUGUAAAACGGACAAAGACGUCGGAAGCAGACGAAGAGAAGGACGAGCGCCACAAGGCUGUGCGAGGCCAGGUCAUUGAUCGGGAGGAUCGAAAACCUGAGCGCCGUUCCACCACGCGCACAGAUAGCAAUCGACGAGCCGUAGCGCAAGACGAGAGCGAAGAUGACUACGUUUAUUCCAGAAACGAAAGAUCAUCCGGCGCAGGCAGCACGGGCGCAACACAGAUAGAGACAUCUCGUACCCAGAGAACGAAAUCCCAAAGUCAAAAGCCCAAAAAGACGGAAACAACGCGAAGAGCGCCGGAGCGACGGUAUACGGAGCCAGCCAGAAGGAAGGAAGUAUACGUCUUUGAUGAAGUACCCUGCGCAGGCAAAGAAACGCAUCCGCUACCACGUCGAAUGUCUAUUGUGACCGAGAAACCACAGAAACCCGAGAUCAAGAGAAGCGCUACAACUGUAAAACCCAAGGUUGAAGUGGGUGUCGCAAAAUCCGAGGUCACUGGAACGCCCAAGAAGGGAUCAGGCCUUUUGAGCGGACUUCUGCCACCUAAACCAGCACCACAAAGAAAAGUCUCUUGCCUCACUUGCGGUGACGAUGAAAUUCCAGUGGCGCAAUCCGCUCUCCUGCCUUGUAAGCACCGCAUGUGCAAUACAUGCCUCAAGCGGGUCUUCAAGAUGUCCGUUUCCGACCCUGCGCACAUGCCACCUCGGUGCUGUACGGAUCAGCACAUUGCACUCAAGCACGUCGAGAAAUUGUUCGACGACAAAUUCAAGGUACUUUGGAACCGCAAGUUUCAAGAAUACAAGACCAAGAAUCGAGUCUAUUGUCCGGGUCGGAAAUGCGGCGCCUGGAUUAAACCACACUACAUCACCAUAGAAAAUGGCCGGAAAGUGGGCCGUUGCAAACAAUGCAAAACAAAGGUUUGCCCGACUUGUUCUCAGAAGAUGCAUACGACUCGUGAGUGCCCCAAGGACCCGGAGACAAAGGCUUUCAUCGAAACGGCGAAAGAGAAAGGUUGGCAAAGAUGUUACAGCUGUCACGCUAUGGUCGAGUUGAAGGAAGGCUGCAAUCAUAUGACAUGCCGCUGCACGGCUGAAUUCUGUAUGGUAUGUGGUCUGAAAUGGAAAUCCUGCGACUGCCCGUGGUUCAACUACGAAGCUGUUGAUGCGAAUAUGGGGGAUCCUAUGCGCUAUCAACAAGAAAUGGACCGACGCCGGGAUCAAGUCAACCGUGAUGAAGAGCUCGCUCGACGCAUGCAACAAAUGGGGCUAGGCGACGAUGGUGAAGGUCCAGCUGCUCGUAUGUUUGGGCUGGGAAAUGGAGCGAACCACCACAUGAAUCAGAACUUCAUCCAGCAAGCGCGUGAAGCGCUGACGGCCAAUUAUGCACAAGCGGGCCAGGCUGCUAUGGGCCUUUUAAAUGGCUUCGUUAGGGGUCGAGAAAACCCCUUGCCUGGUAUACCCAUGGAGAUGGAACAAAUGCUGGAAAUGCUCGGGCAAGGUGGUCGUAUGCGCGACCCAGCAGAGGGCGAGGAUCCAGGACGGAGGACUGGGCGACGAGCGGCAAAUAGACGAAGACAAGCUGGCCUCGACGAAGCAAGAGGAGCCGACAGACGAAUUCAUGAUUGGGUACAUGGCAGGGCUUGA